AUGGAUAAAAGCUGGAUGUACGAGAGAAACAAGUUGAGUCCUAAAUUCUUAAAAGGGGUUCAAUCGUUUAUUCAGAUGGCAUCUAAUUAUAUGGCGGAGAAAAACAUGGAUAAAUGUUUAUGUCCAUGUGCAAAUUGUAUAAACGCAAACGGUCAUGUUUCAUUGAAUUUUGUCGAAAGCCAUCUAUAUAAAUAUGGAAUGGCAGGAAGUUACACGAUAUGGAUACAUCAUGGAGAAGUUGAUCCUUAUUCCCAAAAUCAGCCUAAUCCAAGUUCCGCCAACGUUGAUAUUGAUGAUGAUGAUGAUGAUUAUGAGGACGACGAUGAAAUAGUUGAAAUGAUACACACACAAAUCGAAUCGAGACGGUUGGAUAGUCAAGGAGAAGGAAUGGAUACUGGUCGUGAUGAUAAGGGUGAAGUAGAUUUUGGAGAGUUUGCUGAGUUAUUAAGUGAAGCCAAAGAAGAAUUGUAUCCUGGAUGCACAGAUUUUUCGUCAUUGACGUUCCUUAUAAAGUUGAUGCAUAUCAAGGUACUAAAUCACAUGAGUAACAAGUGCUUUGAAAUGCUCCUCCAACUGCUGAAACUAGCUUUUCCAAAAACCAAUAGGAUUCCGAAGUCAUACUAUGAUGCCAAGAAGAUGCUUCGUGACUUGGGAUUGGGUUAUGAAUCAAUCCAUGCAUGCAAAAAUGAUUGUGCACUCUUUUGGAAAGAGCACAGUGAAAGAGUUGAUUGUCCUGUUUGUCAUGAGUCUAGGUACAAAAUUGACGAUGGGAAAGGCAAGAAAAUCCCGCACAAGAUACUGCGAUAUUUUCCAUUAAAACCUAGAUUACAAAGGUUAUUUUCAUCAAAACACACAGCUAAAGAUAUGCGAUGGCACAAAGACAAGUAUGACCAGAAAGAAGGCGUUUUGAAGCAUCCUGCUGAUGGGGAAGCUUGGAAAGAUUUUGAUAAUCGGUAUCCAUCGUUCGCACAAGAUCCACGUAACGUUCGAAUUGGUUUGGCCACCGAUGGAUUUAAUCCUUUUGGAAACAUGAGCAACUCAUACAGCAUGUGGCCGGUAAUACUUAUACCUUAUAAUCUACCUCCUUGGAAAUGCAUGAAGGAGCCUUUUUUCAUGAUGUCAUUACUUAUUCCUGGCCCACAAGCACCUGGCAGAGAUAUUGAUGUAUAUUUGCGUCCUUUGAUUGAUGAACUGAAAGAAUUGUGGGAUACUGGUGUGGAAACUUAUGAUGCCUCAAGUGAAAAAAGUUUUCGUAUGCAUGCAGCUGUGUUGUGGACCAUUAAUGACUUUCCAGCAUAUGCCAAUUUGUCUGGAUGGAGUACAAAAGGGUAUUUAGCUUGUCCUGUUUGA